CAGAGUGAGUGAGAACGACGCAACGGAGCGAUGAGCGCGGUGAUUGACAGAUGAUAUAGCUAAAGGAUUGGGCCGAGACUUUUCUACAUAAAGAGGUGGGGAGAGAGCGAGAGAGAAUUAAGGAGGCACACCGUCCGGCCAAGCGGCAAGCAUAUGAUCAGACAUCCCUCUGCUGGCCAGGCUGCGUAAAAGUAACAGGAGAGAGAGAGGGAGAGAGAAAGAGGAAGAAGAAGAAGAUGGGUCGGGGGAAGGUGGAGAUGAAGCGGAUCGAGAACAAGAUCAGCCGGCAGGUGACGUUCGCCAAGCGCCGGAACGGGCUGCUCAAGAAGGCGUACGAGCUCUCGCUGCUCUGCGACGCCGAGGUCGCGCUCAUCAUCUUCUCCGGCCGCGGCCGCCUCUUCGAGUUCUCAAGCUCAUCCUGCAUGUACAAAACACUUGAGAGAUACCGCACCUGCAACUACAACUCACAGGAAGCAACACCUCCGGUGGAAAGUGAAAUUAAUUACCAGGAAUAUUUGAAACUGAAGACCAGAGUUGAAUUCCUUCAAAGUUCACAAAGAAAUAUUCUUGGUGAGGAUCUGGGUCCACUUAGCAUGAAGGAGCUUGAGCAGAUUGAGAACCAAAUAGACAUAUCCCUCAAGCAUAUCAGGUCAAGAAAGAAUCAAGUAUUGCUUGACCAGCUAUUUGACCUGAAAAACAAGGAGCAAGAAUUGCAGGAUCAAAACAAGGACCUAAGGAAGAAGUUGCAAGACACCAGCUGUGGAGAUAAUGCCCUCCACAUGUCCUGGCAAGAUGGAGGGCAGAGUAGCUCUAGCGGGCAUGGCAAUAUCGAGCCUUACCCGGCCGGACUGCUGCAACGCCCGGACAAUGAUUCUUCCAUGCAAAUUGGGCAUCACCCGGCCUACAUGGAUCAGCUGAACAACGAAGACAUGGCUUCUCAGGACCCAAACGGACACCACGGAACUUCAGGCUGGAUAUGAGUGGUUCAGAGACGAUUGGGUCAGAACAGGAUGCGUGUAUCGUUUCGUCCGUCAGUCUGGAGUCUUAUGAAUAACAGCGCGAUAGAUCCAUUUAUGUGGUCACUGGUCUAUAUAUUGAGACUGCUAGCUCUUGGCAUGCACUUCCCCAAACAAUAAAAACAGUCGUGAAUGAUUCAAGUCGAGCAAGUGAGUGUGUUGUAUGUCAUUGUCGGUCCACGGACAUUGCGUGGCCUGGCGUUGCGUACUGUAUCUAAUGUUAUCUGGAUAUAUUAUAUUCGUGUGUGCUGGAUGUGUGGUAAGCACUAUACGUUAAUCGAUCGAAAUACCUACGUAUGCUGAUUAAGCUGCGUGUACGCU